AUGGCAAGGAUCACACGUAGAAAAGCGAACACCACUGAUGCUGGAGAAGGUAUCCCUUUACCUACUAGGCACAGAGUAAGUCAGGAGUGCACGAUGGUUAAUGAAGACUUUGACAAACUCUCUGUAAGUGAGCUUUUGAGUAGUAUCAUUGAGACUAAUAAGGAUCCCAUCAUUGGCAAGAUGCUGGUGGCCCUUCUGAAAAACGUUCAAAUACGGGAAAAACGUUCGCGAAGCAUUGUAAUUGCCGGGGUGGAGGAAAGCAAAAGGGAUCUAGCUCCGUCGGCAAGGCAAAAUGAACUGGAAACCACAGUUGCGCGCAUUAUUGGACGCCUUGGACGUGGAAUUUUUUCGUAUGGGGAAGCUGGAUCCCAUGAAACUAGAUUAGUGAAGGUUGUGCUUCCGACGGUCACUCACUGGCGGAGAGCAGAGCCCCCCACUCUGGAAACAUUCUUGACGUCCAUAGUGGAUGGUGUUACAGUCCUUCCCCCUCGAUACGUCGCAGCCUUAAUGAAGUUAACUGGGUACGGGUUUUUGACGGUUAUACUUCUGCGUCUGAUUUAUAUCGCAGGUUCUGCUCCGUUGUUUACAGAGUUUAUCUUCAACUGUUCCUUUUCGUUAUCCACGAACAUCCUGGGUCACGUUCCCCACUCACAUUAA